AUGAAAAAUGGCGAUUAUUUUAAUGUCUAUAAUGAAUUUUUUAAAGAUGCUUAUACAUUUUUAAAUACAAUUAUAGAAACAAAAAGGGAUUGUGGUGAAAUAAGCAGUAGUAGUGAAUCGGGUUCAGAAGAAAAAAAAAAAAUAAAAAAUAAAAAAUAUAUAAAUGAAAAUAAUAUUAGUAAAGUUUGUGAUAAAACUGAAGAUAAUACAAAAAAGGAAAAUAAAAAAUAUAUAUACUUUUAUUUAAGCACAUAUGAUAAGGAUAAAUAUCUAAAUGAUAAUGUUAGUACUCAAUAUAUAAAAAAAAACAAAUAUAUGUAUAAAAGGUCUAAUAGUAGAACUAUACAUGGAAUAAAUAAUGAUGAAAAUUGUGAAGGAAAUAAUCACAUCCCAAAUAAUAUAAGGAUUAAUGUUCGAAAUUUUAACAACAAUAGUAGUACAAGUUUGAGUCAAAAUGAAUAUGAUAUAAAGAAAAAAGAUUAUACUGAGCAUUCAAUUAUGAACCGAGGAAUUCCGAAAAUUUUAAUGUCUUAUAAAAAUGAUUAUAAUAUAUGUUUAUCAUAUAAUAUUAGCCCUGAUAAUGUAUGGAAUGAUAUAAAUAUUAUGAAUUAUAAAAUUCCGAGUUAUAAAAAAGGGGGUAAUAUUUAUGGUGAAACGGGUAGUGAUAUUGAUCAUGAAAGUAUGAAAGAAGAAUAUAACAUAAAAAAAAAAGAUCAAAAAAAUAUGUUUAGUUUUUUAUAUAAAUGGAUAUUAUCAAAUACUAUACAAAAAAUAGAAAAGAAUGAAUUAAUUAAUUAUACAAACAAAAAAAAAUUACAAAUUCAAUAUAGAAAUAAACAAAUAACAAAUGAGUAUACUAAUACAAUUAUUGAUUUUCACGAAAAUAAAGAUGAUAUACUUGAAAAUGGAAAUUAUAAAAAUAGUCAUAAUUUAUCAUCUAAUUCAUACUAUUUAGAUAGUUAUGAAUACAAUUACAAUAAUUUAAAUUUUGAUAAAGACAAUUUUUAUAAUGAUAAAAAUACAAAUAGAGAUAUAUUUGAAGAAAAUAAAAAAGACAUAGAAAAAAUAUGUAAAAAGAAUAACUUCAGUUUUAAUAAUACAAAAAAAAUGAAAAAAAAAAAAAAAAAUAAAGGAAUAUCAUAUGAACAUUUAUUAACACCAAGCAAAUAUGAAUAUGAUGCUUUUUGUUUAUUUAAUCCUCGUUUUAAACAAGGAAAACAUCAUACAGUUUUAUGUCUACAAAGUUACAAUGUAUCGAUUAUUCCAUUUGUUCAACCCAAAAAAUUAAAAGAAGAAGUGAAUGAACUAUUUAGUGAAAUAAAUCCAUGGAUACAUAAAUCAUUAACUUUAUCUAAAUUAAGAAAUUUAAAAAUAGAUUUAUUUAAUUUAAUUAACCAUAUUCCUGAAAUAGAUAUAUCUACUAUUUCAUGUGCUUGGGUUUUUUUUGAAAGGUUAGUAAUAAAAGGAUAUGUUCAUAAAGGGAAUCGAAAGUUAUAUGCAGCUACUUGUCUUAUUUUAUCAUUAAAAUUUUAUCAGCAUGAUGAUAUACAUAUUUUAGAAAAAUUGCUUAUAUAUAUUCAAAAGUUAGACAAAAAAGAAAACUUAACCCCAUCAUUAAUUUUUUCAAUGGAGUUUACACUUUAUAAAUUACUUGAUUUUUCUCUGCAACAUACAUAUGAAAAUAUACGUUUACACAUACAUCAGUAUUUAGAAUCUAAGGAACUCAAAUUCGAGGAUGUCUAUGGUACCUCUGAAGACACAUACUUAGUUCAAAUGGAAAAUGCUAGCUAA